AUGUCGUUCCGCCCGGGCUCCCGCAUCUUCAGCUCUUUCCGACCCUUCUUCCAACGCGCAAAUGCCCGCAGGUAUCAAAACACAGCCGCAGGCUCUGAGGCUUCUGGCUUCCAGAAGUUUUGGAACAGCCCUAUUGGACCCAAGACUGUCCACUUCUGGGCCCCGGUAAUGAAAUGGGGCAUGGUCCUCGCCGGCGCCUCCGACUUCUCUCGCCCCGCCGAAUCCCUCUCCUUCACCCAAAACUUCGCCCUCAUGUGCACAGGAGCCAUCUGGACGCGCUGGUGCUUCGUCAUCCGCCCCAAGAACAUUGCUUUGGCUGGUGUUAACUUCCUUGUCUUCUGCGUCGGUGCUACACAGGUUGGCCGUAUUUACGCCUACAACCAGACUCUGAAGGCCACUGAGGGCCAGGCCAAGGGCGAGAUGCAGGAUUUCAAGCACACAGCUGAGAAGGCGGAACUGAAGGCCGAGAAGGCUUUGAAGUAG